AUGGACCCUCAACAGCCUUCGGAACAGUCGCAGCCCAGCAAGCGCAUCUACAUUGGAAACCUCCCUUACUCAGCCCAAGCCGAGGAUGUGGAACAAUACUUGGAGGAAGCUGGAUUCCAGAUUGAACGUCUGGACAUGUCUACCGAUCCUUUUACUGGCAGAAACCCAUCAUACUGUUUUGCCGAAUUGUUUUCCGUAGAGGAGGCCGAGAGAGCCAUCAGCUCGCUUCCUGGUGCAAGCUUCCAGGGCCGUCCCCUCAGGGUCAAUGUGCAUACACCAAAGACUCGUGGAGCAAAUGGCACAAACACUCCUCUGCGUACCUCUACAAGAUCGCCUUUCUCUGCUGAACGCGCAUGGAGAGGCUCCGGUGCUGCCGAGACCCCUUCCAAGACUGGCGAACGCAAUUCCUAUGCUUUCAACCGCUGGGAGCGCAAUGACGCUGCAGCUCACUGGACUGCACCCGUAGAGAACGGCUGUAGACUCUACGUUGGUGGCCUGCCACGAAUUGAUGGCCAGGAAGUCAUCAACGAGGAGAUGAAGGCAUUGUUCAGCGACUACGCAGUAGAGGCUGUUAGCAAGUUGAUCUCACCGCACGAGUCCACAGCAACCUUGCCCGGUGAUCAUCACUACUGCUUUGUCGAUUUCGCCACCACCGAGGAUGCGCAAGCGGCUGCCAAUGCCGUGAAUGGAGCCACAACCUCUACUGGAAACAAACUAAAGGUCAACAUGGCUAGAGAGAGACCCAACAGAGACAGAAAGGUCGUAAGAGAGCAGAACUUGCCUCAAGUGGAGAAGCCUGUGCCAGUCAGAGAUUUCGGCUCGAGCUGGCGUAGAGCCAACUAA